AUGCUCAUUAUGCUUCACCCUGACCACCUGUCGCUUGACGGUGACGAGACUUGGAACACGCGGUUCGUUCGCGUUGCUAUUCCCACUGGUGGUGCGGAACACGUCACCGCGGUGGAGGCGAUUGUGGAGUGGUUUCAGGGUCGCGUUGACGAGGAUUUUGCACGCGGCUCCAUUCAGUGCACCCGCUCCCGCCAGCUUAAGGAUCCCAAGUGUCUGUUGGAUCUGGUGCCGCUGGUGUUUCGAACCGCGGAGGUGCUCGGGGGGGGGACGGUGGUCCACGCUAAUGGCGAAGGGGCCGAGGAUACCGCGACUAAGGGUGCAACCCGCGAUGAGGCUGACCGCACUGUUGUGCGUGAGGGGGAGGAGUCGAGCGAGGAGGAGGCGGAGGCUCACGUGGUAGCGGCCGCGGCAUCCAGCAGGCCCACUACAUCCGGCAAGAGCAUCAACCACCUCGCGCAGCACUUGGCCCCCGGUGCUGGAAGCGCGGGCCCGAGUGGUGAGGUCGCGGGCAAGAGUCCCGUGACAGGUGCGCGUGAUCACGCGUCCCUAUCCUCGUUGCCAUCGCAUAAGCUUGCUGCCGAGAUCCUGCAGCUCGAAUGCAGGCUUGCAGCGCAGGCCGAAGAGAACGCACGGCUGAAGAAACGCCAGGAGUCGGGGGUUGGUGGGGUCGCGGUCGUGGGCUCUGAGGAGCUUGCGUCCGCGCUUGCUAAUGCGGUUCGGGUGUUGGAGAAGGAGGCGAGGGCGAUCGCGCAGGAAAGAGCGGCCCUGGUGCAGGGGGUGGUGGCAGACUCCAUGGAAACCGCUCAGAAGAAGCUGACGGACGAGGUUGCGCGGAAGAUCGACAACAUGUCGACCGCGGUCUCCGCGACAGCAGAGCGGGCAGUCACCACCAGCGGGGUCACGAACGCGCUGCACACCCUCAUCGCGCUCGUUGGAGGAGGCCCCCCGCCGCGCACGGAUAAUGAAGGAACGGCCGCGACGGAGAUUGCCGAGCCCGGGGAUGCAGAGCAUGGAAAGCGGGCAACGGGUGCGAAGGCGGAGAAUCAACGGGGGGCGAAGAGGCAGAGAGGUCCCCAGGCAGCGGCUGCGGUGCGCAAUCCGAGCGUGCAGGACAUGCUGAAGCAGAAGUGGGGCGCUACAUUGCGAGGUGCAGCACCGCCUGGUCAACCGGGUUCGAGCUCGUGCUCCAUCCCACCUGGAGAAGCUGCACCCAAACCACCGGGCCCUGCCGGGGCAACCGCAACAGUGACAACUACUGUGGGUCGGGGCAAGGGUAAGGCGGAGGAUGGAGAGGCGCCGGCUGCUGCGGGUUCGCUGGCCUCCAGGCGUGAGGUCCAGUCCGCAGCGGCUGCUGCGGCAGAGGGCAGGCAGACCACGCUCGCACCCGCUCGUGCUGCAAUCACCACGGGAAAUCUGCACAGCGCACUGGCAUCUGCAAGUCCUAUCGCGGCCUCGGUCGAGGUCAAGGCGGAGAAACGCGGACGGGGUGGCAAGAAGUUGCCCCCUCCACCCGUGUACACGAUCGACGAGGACGAUGCAGAUGAGGAGCUGGAGGGUCUCGUGAGCAGGUGGGUCGAGGCGGGCGACGGAGGAGAGCAGGGUGGGGAGGCCGUGGUCGAUGUUUAUAGCGGCGGGGAGAGCGCGGACGAGCAAGACGGAGACCCCGUGGUCGUGGAAGGUGGCACAACGGGAGGACAUGGUGACACCGGCCCCAAGCGCAGGGGCUGCGGCAUCCGCGCUCCACCCAGGGGCGGGCCCGGAUUGGUUUCUGAACCCCAUCUGGGGGGGAAGAAGCGAUGGCUCGGACAUGGCAACCGCCAAGACCUGCAGUACAAGACCGCGAUCGCAAUGUAUCCCUACGACGGGAAGGUCGACCCCAGGCUGAACCUGAGCCAGCAGCAGAUCCGAGAAUGGGCCGCGGACCUGUCCAUCGCCGAGGGGUUACAUACGGGCCUCUUAAUCACCAUGCACUACCGCAACCUCGUGGCAAGCAAGGACAGGUGGCAACGCAUGUUCGAUUCCUAUCGCGGGCUAACCAAGCCUGGAAUGCACACCACCAACGUAAUUGCAUGGGCUGCGGUGGUAGGCAAGGAGGCUGCAGCAGAAGAAGCGGAUCUCGGCGAUGUGGAGCCGACGGACUACGCGGGAGCGAUCGCAUGCGCCAUUGCAAUGGUGUGGGAGGUCACUCGCGGUUCUAACGUCACUGCCGCAGCGGAUAAUGGAAAUCUGGCCGCCCGAGCUGCUGGUUGCUAUGGAGAGCGAAGCCGUCUCUUCCCCGUAGUAUCCGCGUUUGUCAUCAAUGCGGUGCGAAAGCGCAAUUGCCGCGAACAUCAGCAGGCUGAGGAAGAUGAGCCACAAGUUGUCGCGGACCCGAAGGCGGUCGCCGCCGCGAUCGUGUCUGGAGUCGUGAACGAGGUCGUUGCAAAGUCUCGCGAUCUCAGGCACAUUGAGUUGGCCGCCCGCGAAACGGUGGACGUUAUCAUCACCUGGUGCGACUGCUCGGUGGCAGGGAAGCAGAUGGAUUCCUUGGGUUUGUACCUUGCCCUGCCCAAGGAUCGUGUGAAGAAGCGGACUUGA